UUGGAUCAAUCCAAUCCGAGCUCUCUAGACCCUCAGAGGUAAACAAAAAACUGAGAAAUGGAAGUGGAGGGAUCAUCGAAGAAGAUGAUAGCGACGCAGGAGGAGAUGGUGGAGGCGAGGGUGCCCAUUCCCUACAGAGACCAGUGCGCGCACCUGCUGAUCCCGCUCAACAAAUGCAGACAGGCGGAGUUCUACCUGCCAUGGAAAUGCGAAGUCGAGCGCCACGCCUACGAGAAGUGCGAGUACGAGCUUGUAAUGGAGAGAAUGCUCAAAAUGCAGAAGAUCCGGGAGGAGGAGGCCAAGUUGAAACAGGCCCAGAAGCAAGGCGGCGCAAUUCCUCUUAUACCUAAACCCGCCCAUGCUUGAUCACUUGCACAGAUCUUCCUGCUUCUAUGGAAGCUUUGUUAAACCAGUCGGGCAGAAGCUUUGCUGUCUAUGGAUGGAAGUAAUGGGAACCAUUUUGAACUGUUUGUGGACAAUUGUAACGAAUCAUUAUUAUCUUUUCUUGUUUUUUAUGACUGCCAACUUUGUUUGCAGAAUAAAAUGGCUAAGCAAAGUUUGACAUGAUCAUUCACAUGUAGAAGUGGUAUCUGAACUACAUAAUGACUGAUGGCCAUAACAAAAAUUGAUAAUUGUCUAUGAGUUGUUUUUGUUGGAUAAAAUUAGUUGUGUAGC